AUGGGUCGUUUGGACAACCGUAGCCUGACGUUGAAGUACCACGUGUGGCCGCGCUUCAACUCGUUCGGCGACGCGGAGACGGAUGACAACCAUCUGUCCAUCGUGACUCUGGAGGAGAAACCCUUCGUCAUCGUCGAAGACGUGGAGAGGCUCACUGGAACCUGUAUGAGGAAUUCUGUUCCCUGUAGGAAGCACAUCAAGGACAACACCACAGAGGCGGGCGGGACCUACAUCAAAAAGUGCUGUAAAGGAUUCUGCAUCGACAUCCUGAAGAAGAUCGCGAAGUACGUGAAGUUCACCUACGAUCUCUACCUGGUUACCAACGGUAAACAUGGGAAGAAGAUCAACAACGUGUGGAACGGGAUGGUGGGAGAGGUGGUCUAUAAGAAAGCUGUCAUGGCCGUCGGCUCUCUGACGAUCAAUGAGGAGCGUUCUGAGGUCAUCGAUUUCUGUCCGUUCGUGGAAACUGGAAUAAGUGUCAUGGUCUCCCGUAGCAACGGAACCGUCUCCCCGUCCGCCUUUCUUGAGCCGUUCAGUGCGACGGUGUGGAUCAUGAUGUUUGUGAUGCUGUUGUUGGUAACAGCGAUGGCUGUGUUCAUGUUUGAAUACAUCAGCCCUCUGGGCUUUAACAGGAACCUGGCACAGGGUAGAGACCCCCACGGCCCAUCGUUCACUAUGGGUAAGGCGGUGUGGCUGCUGUGGGGUCUAGUGUUCAACAACUCUGUCCCGGUUCAGAACCCUAAAGGCACCACCAGUAAGUUCAUAGUGUCGGUGUGGGCCUUCUUCGCCGUUAUCUUCCUGGCCUCCUACACAGCCAACCUGGCUGCCUUCAUGAUCCAGGAGGAGUUUGUAGACCAGGUCACGGGACUGUCUGACAACAAGUUCCAGAACCCGUAUGCGUACUCCCCUCCGUUCCGUUUUGGGACGGUCCCCAACGGUUCGACGGAGAGGAACAUCAGGAAGAAUUACCCUAACAUGCACGAGUACCUGUCCAAGUACCACCAGACAGGGGUUCAGGACGCUCUGGUCAGCCUGAAGACGGGUAAACUGGAUGCCUUCAUCUACGAUGCUGCUGUGUUGAACUAUGCAGCGGGCCGAGACGAGGGCUGUAAGCUGGUCACCAUCGGCAGCGGAUACAUCUUCGCCACCACCGGCUACGGCAUCGCUCUGCAUAAAGGGUCCUACUGGAAACGCCAGGUGGACCUGGCUAUACUGGCUAUUAUAGGAGACGGUGAGAUGGAGGAGCUGGAAGCUCAGUGGCUAACGGGGAUCUGUCACCAUGAGAAGAACGAGGUGAUGUCCAGUCAGCUGGACGUUGACAACAUGGCCGGAGUGUUUUACAUGCUGGCUACCGCAAUGGGACUGUCUCUCAUUACCUUCAUAUCAGAGCAUCUCUUCUACUGGAGGUUGAGAUACUGUUUCACUGGAGUCUGUACGGGAACACCGGGACUACUGUUCUCUAUAAGCAGGGGGAUUUGGAGUUGUAUCCACGGCGUCCACAUCGACAUGAAAAAGAAAUCAGAGCUGGAUUUUAGCCCUCAGGCUAACAUGUUGAAGCUCAUCAAGUCAGCCAAACAGAUGACCAACAUGUCCAACCUGUCUGCGUCCAGGAUUAAUUCCCCCAAGCGAGCGGCUGAAUUCAUGCACUCGGCGGGGCCCAUGAUCAUGGAUAUGAUGGCUGAGAAAGGUAACUUCAUCUACGCCGACAAUCGAAGCUACGCCCCUAAAGAGGUGAUCUACGGCGAUACGGGUGACCUCCAGGCGUACCUGGCCAACCGACACAAAGACCACCUGAAUAACUACAUCUUCCAAGGCGGACAGCACCCUCUGACCCUCAACGAGUCAAACCCAAACUCCGUGGAGGUGGCGGUGAGCGCGGACGCCGCCCAGACCAACGCCAAACCCAGAGGCCUGUGGAAGAAGUCCGUGGACACAAUGCGGCAGGGUCCAGGUGUCCCGGGCCCCGACAUGCUGUCCCCCGACCCCCGCAUCUCCAUGAAGACGCAACGAUACCUUCCGGAGGAAGCAGCUCACUCAGACAUCUCCGACUGCUCCAGCCGAGGAGGAGGCGGUUCGUACCAGGACCCAGAAAACAACAAGCACCUGAAGAACAAGGACGGAUUAAAAAAAAGACAGUUGCCGUCUAAAUACCCGAGGGACUGUAGCGACGUAGAGCUGUCCUACUUAAAGACUAAGCAGGGCAGCGGAGGGGGUGGAGGAGUGGGAGGACAGGGACAAGGACAGAUCUACACCAUAGACUCAGAACUCAAUCUCAACUCUGAUCCUUUACACUACCGCGAGAGUCGAGGCCUGGCCACCGACGACCUGGACUACCCAGAGAUCUACUCUGACCACAACGACAACUACAGGAAGUGUCAGGAUCAGCCAAUCAUCCACCUCAACUCGUCCCCGCUGCACCACGCCGACGUGGACCUGCUCCCGGACUCGACUUACUCCAAACACUACGGCGUGAAGGAUAAGAGCUUGUCCCUGUCGCCCCACGAGACCAACGACCGUUCCAAACAGACCCACUGCCGCUCUUGUCUGUCCAAGUUCCCUGCCAGUAGCAGCUACACCCCGGGUCACUACACGCCCACAAACACCGCUUCUGUCGCCGCCGCCGCCGCAGCCGCCUCCGCCGCCGCCCGCUCGCCCUACAACCGCUGCGAAGCGUGCCUCCACACUGCUAACCUCUACGACAUCAGUGAAGACCAGCUGCUCCAGGACGCCCUGCUGACCGACCAGGGAAUGAUGCAUCAACAUCAGGACGAGAUGUUCGGCCACUACUGGCCUCAGACGGACGGUCCGCACGUCCAGAAGAGAAACCGCUUGCGUAUGUCCCGCCAACACUCGUUCGACAACAUCAUGCUGGAGAAGCCUAAAGAAAUAGAUCUGGGGCGUCCGGCUCGCUCCGUCAGCCUCAAAGAGAAAGACCGCUGCUUCCUGGACGAUUCUCCCUACGCCAACCUGUUCAGCGUCCGCCAGGCCGACAAGCUGUUGGGCUCCAGGUCGAUGCUGUUCAACCUGGAGGAGAACAAACGGAGCAAGUCGCUGUACCCCGAACACGGCUCUGACAACCCCUUCAUGGCGUCUUCGCUGAGGGACGACGCGCGCCUCGUCCACGGACGCAGCUCCUCCGACAUUUACAAGCAGCUGGGAGGAGGAGGAGGAGGGCUCAAAACAUCGCAACGCAACGAAAACAAUCUGAGAUCCUCGGUCAAAUCCGCCGCUUCCUACUGCUCCCGGGACGGAGGACGGAUACCAGCCAAUGACAUGUACAUUACAGAGCAUGUGAUGCCUUAUGUAGCCAAUAAGACGAGUUCUUACUCAGCCGCACCGCGAGGGGUACUAAACUCAGCCCAGUUCAGCAAUAGACGGGUUUAUAAGAAGAUACCCAGUCUGGAGUCAGACGUUUAAUUCACUUAAUGAUUAUAAUUAUUAGUAGGUUAUUACGAAGUCUUUCUGCUGUGUUUUAUUAUAGUUUAUAACUAUCUACUAUCCACUUAGGAUGCCAUAGACACACUUCUUCUUCUUCUGCUACUACAACUACUACUACUAUUACUACUAUAGCCAGAUACCACGUACCAGGGGAGUUGAAGCUCUCUCUCUCUCUACUAAUCUCUCUGUUCCUUCCAGGGGAAUUGGAGAUCUCUCUUUCUCUCUCUCUCUCUCUCUGUCUACUGAUCUCUCUGUUCCUUCCAGGGGAGUUGUAGAUCUUUCUCUCUCUCUACUGAUCUCUCUGUUCCUUCCAGGGGAGUUGUAGUGAGAGGUUUGGCCCGUCAUAUGAUUCAUGGACAGACAGACAGACAGACUGUAGGAGAGAAAUGAGGAGAGAGAGAAAGAGGGGAGGAGGAAUCAGGAGAGAGAGAGAGAGGAGGAGGAAUCAGGAGAGAGAGAGACAUAGAGGAGGAGGAAUCAGGAGAGAGAGAGACAGAGAGGAGGAGGAAUCAGGAGAGAGAGAGAGACAGAGAGGAGGAGGAAUCAGGAGAGAGAGAGAGGAGGAGGAAUCAGGAGAGAGAGACAGAGAGGAGGAGGAAUCAGGAGAGAGAGAGAUAGAGAGGAGGAGGAAUCAGGGGAGAGAGAGACAGAGAGGAGGAGGAAUCAGGAGAGAGAGAUAGAGAGGAGGAGGAAUCUGGAGAGAGAGAGACAGAGAGGAGGAGGAAUCAGGAGAGAGAUAGAGAGGAGGAGGAAUCAGGAGCGAGAGAUAGAGAGGAGGAGGAAUCGGGAAAGAUAAAUAGAGAGGGGGAGGAAUCGGGAGAGAGAUAAAUAAAUAGAGAGGAGAAAGAAUUAGGAGAGAGAGAGGAGGAAUCAGGAGAGAGAGAAAUAGAGAGGAGGAGGAAUCAGGAGAGAGAGAUAGAGAGGAGGAGGAAUCAGGGGAGAGAGAGGAGGAGGAAUCAGGAGAGAGAGAUGGAGAGGAGGAGGACUCAGGAGAGAGAGAGGAGGAGGAAUCAGGAGAGAGAUAGAGAGGAGGAGGAAUCAGGAGAGAUAGAGAUAGAGAGGAGGAGGAAUCAGGAGAGAUAGAGAUAGAGAGGAGGAGGAAUCAGGAGAGAGAUAGAGAGGAGGAGGAAUCAGGAGAGAGAGAGACAUAGAGGAGGAGGAAUCAUGAGAGAGAUAGAGGAGUAGGAAUCAGGAGAGAGAGAGAUAUAGAGGAGGAGGAAUCAGGAGAGAGAUAGAGAGGAGUAGGAAUCAGGAGAGAGAGAUAGAGAGGAGGAGGAAUCAAGAGAGAGAGAGAUAGAGAGGAGGAGGAUUCAGGAGAGACAUAGAGAGGAGGAGGAAUCAGGAGAGAGAUAUAGAGAGGAUGGGGAAUCAGGAGAGAGAUAAAGAGGAGGAGGAUUCAGGAGAGAGAUGGAGAGGAGGAGGAAUCAGGAGAUAGAUAGAGAGGAGAAGGAAUCAGGAGAGAGAGAGAUAGAGAGCAGGAGGAAUCAGGAGAAAGCGAUAGAGAGGAGAAGGAAUCAGGAGAGAGAGAGACAGAGAGGAGGAGGAAUCAGGAGAGAGAUAGAGAGGAGGAGGAAUCAGGAGCGAGAGAUAGAGAGGAGGAGGAAUCGGGAAAGAUAAAUAGAGAGGGGGAGGAAUCGGGAGAGAGAUAAAUAGAGAGGAGAAAGAAUUAGGAGAGAGAGAGGAGGAAUCAGGAGAGAGAGAAAUAGAGAGGAGGAGGAAUCAGGAGAGAGAGAUAGAGAGGAGGAGGAAUCAGGGGAGAGAGAGGAGGAGGAAUCAGGAGAGAGAGAUGGAGAGGAGGAGGACUCAGGAGAUGGAGAGGAGGAGGAAUCAGGAGAGAUAGAGAUAGAGAGGAGGAGGAAUCAGGAGAGAGAGGAGGAGGAAUCAGGAGAGAGAGGAGGAGGAAUCAGGAGAGAGAGAUAGAGAGGAGGAGGAAUCAGGAGAGAGAGAGACAUAGAGGAGGAGGAAUCAGGAGAGAGAUAGAGGAGUAGGAAUCAGGAGAGAGAGAGAGGAGUAGGAAUCAGGAGAGAGAGAGAUAUAGAGGAGGAGGAAUCAGGAGAGAGAUAGAGAGGAGUAGGAAUCAGGAGAGAGAGAUAGAGAGGAGGAGGAAUCAAGAGAGAGAGAGAUAGAGAGGAGGAGGAUUCAGGAGAGACAUAGAGAGGAGGAGGAAUCAGGAGAGAGAUAUAGAGAGGAUGGGGAAUCAGGAGAGAGAUAGAGAGGAGGAGGAUUCAGGAGAGAGAUGGAGAGGAGGAGGAAUCAGGAGAUAGAUAGAGAGGAGAAGGAAUCAGGAGAGAGAGAGAUAGAGAGCAGGAGGAAUCAGGAGAAAGCGAUAGAGAGGAGAAGGAAUCAGGAGAGAGAGAUAGAGAGCAGGAGGAAUCAGGAGAGAGAGAGUUAGAGAGGAGGAGGAAUCAGGAGAGAGAGAGAGAGAGAGGAGGAGGAAUCAGGAGAGAGAGAUAGAGAGGAGGUGGAAUCAGAAGCGAGAGAGAAAGAGACAAGAAGGAUUCGGGAGUGAAAGAGAAAGAGGGGACUAGGAAUCAGGAUAGAGAGAUAGACAGGAGGAGGAAUCAGGAGAGAGAUAGAGAGGAGUAGGAAUCAGGAGAGAGAGAUAGAGAGGAGGAGGAAUCAAGAGAGAGAGAGAUAGAGAGGAGGAGGAUUCAGGAGAGAGAUAUAGAGAGGAUGGGGAAUCAGGAGAGAGAUAGAGAGGAGGAUUCAGGAGAGAGAUGGAGAGGAGGAGGAAUCAGGAGAUAGAUAGAGAGGAGAAGGAAUCAGGAGAGAGAGAUAGAGAGCAGGAGGAAUCAGGAGAAAGCGAUAGAGAGGAGAAGGAAUCAGGAGAGAGAGAUAGAGAGCAGGAGGAAUCAGGAGAGAGAGAGUUAGAGAGGAGGGGCUUGGAUCUGGAAUUGGCUUCUCAUCCCCCCUCCUCCUCACUCCUCCCCCCUCCUCCCCUCUCCUCCCCUCUGUUACCCCUGUUAGUCUGUCUAGCUAGUCUACAGCUCUGUGACUUGGUAAACAGAAGGACAGACCGACAGGGAGACCUACAGACAGACAGGGAGGUAGCCGUAGUGUAGCUCAACCCAGGGAGAGAGAAGAAGAGGGGGGGGGACAGACAGCCUAAUAGAGAGAUGGAGAGGAGAGGAGAGGAGAGGAGAGGAGAGGAGAGGAGAGGAGAGGAGAGGAGGAGUAGGACAGGGGGAGACAGACAGCCUGCCAGAUGGUUGGUGUUUGAUGUGGCCACUACGCCUCUUAUCAUGACAAAUAUGGCCACCAGCAUAUCUGGCAGGGAGAGAGGAAGAGGAGAGAGCGAGAGAGCGAUAGAGAGAGAGAGAGAGAGAGAGAGAGAGAGAGAGAGAGAGAGAGAGAGAGAGAGAGAGAGUGAUAGAGAGAGAGAGAGACAAGAAAUAGAGAAGAGGAGAGAGAGCGAGACAAGGUAGAGAGAGAGAGACGAGAGAGAGAGAGACAGAGAGAGAGAGACAAGGUAGAGAGAGCUUACAACAGAGAGCAGGAAGAAGUCGGUCCUGGUUUGACAGGUCUCGGGAAGAGUGAUGGCUGGGUAGAUCUAGUUUAGUGAGAGCUGGGUAGAGCUAGCUAAGUGAGGGCUGGGUAGAGCUAGCUUAGUGAGGGCUGGGUAGAGCUAGCUUAGUGAGGGCUGGGUAGAGCUAGCUUAGUGAGGGCUGGGUAGAGCUAGCUUAGU